AUGAGCCAAACCUACAUAUAUCUCUUACUUGGGGGGCUAUGUUCAACUCUGCUUUGGCUUCGUGCCAGUGCAAAGCGAGAGAAACGCUAUGGGCCAUUGCCUCCAUCUCCCAAAGUCGAUCCAAUUAUAGGUAACUUACGAGCCAUGAUAAGUGUUAUAGACGAGCCACGGGUAUACAGGGACUGGGGGUUGGAGCUCGAAAGUGAUAUAAUUUCGAUUAUCAUUCCAGGACAAACGAUUAUCGUACUCAACUCUCAAGCUGCCGUGGAUGAACUGCUUGUAAGGCGCUCAUCAAUAUACUCCGACCGCCCGCAUAUACCCAUGGUAUCGAGCGAUAACCUGGUAGGCUGGGGAAACAACACUGGGAUGGUUCGUUAUGGAGAACGAUGGCGUAGCCAACGAAAGAUGACACACGAAGUACUACACAAGAUUGCUAGUGAGGAGAGGUGGCCACUAGUGGAACGGCAAUCACGCCUCACACUUCACCGGAUCCUUAAUAAUCCUGAAGGGUUUUCAGCGGAAAUUAGACGUAUGGCCGGCUCAACGCUGCUCAUGGCAGUUUAUGGGUAUGAAGUCACAUCGCCUGAUGAUAGUUUGGUCAAAGUAGUAGAAGAUGCAGUGGAAGGUUUCAGUCAGGCAGUUAUAGUUUCGAAUUAUUUCGUCAAUACUGUACCUUGGCUCCAGUAUCUUCCAGAAUGGUUCCCGGGAGCGUCGUGGAAGGCGAAAGCCAACGCUUGGCGCUAUCAAAAAGAUCUGAUGUUGGGUAUCCCUUACGAAUGGACGAAGAAUCAAAUGGCCGCUGGAACUGCAACUCCAUCCAUGCUUUCGUUUUGGCUUACGAGAUAUGUGUAUCAAGAGGCCCCCUCAAACCUUGCCGAAGUGGAAGAUCGUGUUCGAUGGGCAGCAGGUACAAUCUUCUCAGCGGGAACCGAUACGUCAGUUGCGAGUACUCGGGUUUUUGUAAUGGCCAUGGCCAUGCACCCAGACGUCCAGGCCAAAGCGCAAGCCGAGUUAGAUGCGGUUAUUGGUACGCGGCUACCCGAGAUGGCAGAUCGGGAUUCUUUACCGUAUAUACGGCGCAUUGUCAAAGAAGUGUUUCGCUGGAGAAUGGUACUGCCUCUGGCUCUUCCUCACGCUUGUAUUCAAGACGAUACUUACAAGGGCUAUCAUAUUCCGAAGGGCGCAAUUGUCAUUGGAAAUUCGUGGUACAGUCGUAUUUUGCCGGCCAUAAGUAACAAUCCAGAUGUAUACAUCGAUCCCGACCGUUUUAAUCCUGAUCGCUUCCUGGAUCUUUCGCAGCGGGCUUGCUUGCCAUGUUCAACAUUGGCCCUGAGGAAGACACAACGGAAAGCCGAUCCAUUGAAGCCAGAGAUGAGAUUAAAUGAGGCGGUUCGUUAUAUCCGUUCAAAUGCAGGAUUACUCCUCGAUCCGAAAGACACGAGCAAAUUAUUCGGGAUUGGGCAGAAUCGAUCACGUGUCACUGGUGACCUUUGGCAAACAACCAUGGAUUAUCAGAACCGAGUGGGUAGCAAAUUUGGAGGCGGUGGUGUGGCGGGAGCGUCCGAGGCGAAUGUCGACCGACGUGAACGACUGAGAAAGCUUGCGUUGGAGACGAUUGAUCUCGCCAAGGAUCCAUAUAUUCUUCGCAACCACCUUGGAUCGCUGGAAUGUCGUCUUUGCCUGACACUUCACACAAAUGAAGGAUCUUACCUGGCUCAUACCCAAGGCAAAAAGCAUCAAACUAAUUUGGCUCGACGCGCUGCUCGAGAUGCAAAGGAAACCCAGCUCAUUACCGCACCCGCCCCAGCAGCAUCAGUUCCCCGUAAAAUGUUUAUCAAAAUCGGAAGACCAGGAUAUCGCGUAACCAAGGUGCGCGAUCCUCUCAUGGCUGCUGCGGCAGGUGGUGGGGGUGCCAAGGAAGGCAUGAUGGUCCAAGUACACCUACCCCAGAUCAAAGAAGGUGUAUUCCUCGCCGCAGGUUUAUGA